AGAAUGCAACAUUUGUAGCACGGCAGAAACCCCAGUCAUUUGACGCUCUUGUCUCCAAAGCUAGCAAUGUUGAAAGACAAAUAGCCCAACAAAGUAGUUUACCACAAAAAUCUCGGAUGACUGAAGAGAAGAAGUUUGAUAAUAACGAGAAGACAAGAAAGAUGAGGCCAUGCCUAAAUUUGUCAAUGUCAAUAAGAAAAAAGAAAAUGGAAAAGGAAAGGAAGUCCCUAAAAAUGGGAAAGAAACUUCCAGAAAUCCCUCUUUAA